UGGCGGGAAAAUAUAACCAACAUAUAAGCAUGUCCCGAAAGCUUCUUCCUUUCUCAAGCCAUAAACGGUGGCGCAAAACCUAACUCCUACUCUCUCUUCUCUCUGUCCUACAGAAUUAAAUAUCAAUGGCGGUUUUGAGAUCUCGCGAAAUCGUCCCAACUGGAACACCACCAAAACCCCAAAAAACAAGGAAUGACAAUAAGCUCGAACCUCCUACCCCAGCCCAGACCAAAGAGUCCUCUCCAUCCUCGCACCAGGACCCGAUUCCCAUCUCUACCGGGUCAGCGCCCGGUCGGGUUCCAGUACUCGGAGUGGCGCCGAGGCGGAGCCGCCGACUCGCUUCCAAACUGGUGGAACCGCCCGCUGAGGGUCCGUCUCGGGAUUCGGUCCAGGACGGCGGUCGUCAGCGUCGGAAGGGUGGGUCACGUGAGGACGCCGCGUACUCGGCGGAGGAGAAGGCGAAGGAAGAAAUUGAGGAGGUGAAAACGGAUUCUGGUUCGGAGGAGCCUAGGUUUUGGUCUUCGGAUUUGGAGGAGGCGAAGGGGAAGAGGAAGUUGGGGGUCGUCGAUGGUUAUCUUCCGUCUCUGGAAUGUUCGGAGGACGGCGAAGGGGGAAUUGGGGUUUUGAGUCUGCGGUCUGGGAAGAGAGUCUCGAAGAGAGGAAAUGACGGAAUUGAGGGAGGAAGACAAGUUGGAGAGUUCGGGAAAAUUGGUGAAGAUAAGGGAAAGGCGAUUUUGGAUUCCGAAGAGGCAUCGGGGGAAUUUCGGAUUCCGAAAAUAAGUAAGGGCAAGAGAAAGAUCAGUGACUCAGGUGAAGAAGAAGUAAUUGCCGAUGAAAAUGGUGAUAACAGGAAGAGGAAAGGGAAAGGAUUAUUGGUUGAAGAUGAUGGCUUGGUGUCUAAUUCCAACCUUGACGUGGAAAUAAGAUUAGAAACUGAAGUUGAGAAUAAUUCUGGUGACAAUGUAGUGUCAAAUGAAGGGCAGGUUAGAAAUGAGUUCAUGGAAAGGUUCCGUGAUAUCGCCAGGCGAAAUGCUUAUCGGUUUGCUCAUUUUGAUGGUGAAGAAGAGGAUAAUGAGCCUCAUUCUGAGGUUGAUGACGAACCCGAUAUCGAAGAUUGGCCUGGUCCUUUUUCUACUGCCCUGAAGAUUAUUAGAGAUCGAGAAAAGAAAAAUCAGCAACCGGGUAAUUCCUCGUCUCGGGAGAAAAAACCCGCAGAUGUGGUAUGGUUUCCGAAGAGCAACCAGGAUUGCAAGUGGUCGAAGAAUGUUGUUCCCUCGCUUCAAGAAUUAUCCUUGCGGUGUCUGGCCAACAAUGCCGACAAAUUGGUUUCACUUGAUUACUUCCCAGACUGUUUGAAGCACCGGCUGAGUCAGUUGCUCUGCGAUUCUCGAAGAAUGAAUGCUCAUGUUUUUAAGCUUCUGCUUCAAGGGUCUCCAACAGAGGUUUGCGUCAAGGAUUGUUCUUGGCUAACAGAGGAAGAGUUCACAAAAUGUUUCCAGAACUUUGAUCCGAGCAACUUAAUGGUGUUACAACUUGGUUUCUGCGGGCGCUGUCUGCCAGAUUUUUUAUUGUGUUCUACCUUAGCUUGUGCUGAAAACAGUUUGCCUGUGCUAACUACUUUAUCAGUUCGUGGUGCAUGCCGGCUUUCAGAUAUUGGACUAAAGUCUCUUGUUUCUUCAGCCCCUGCACUUAGAUCUCUCAACCUCACCGAGUGCUCCCUUCUCACCUCCUCGAGUAUUGACACCUUAGCUAACUCAUUGGGUUUGAUCCUGAGAGAGUUGUAUCUUGAUCAGUGCCUAAGCAUUGACGUCAUGCUUACACUGCCAGCGCUAAAGAAACUUGAACAAUUGGAGGUUUUGUCUUUAGCAGGCAUUGCAACUGUUUGUGACAAGUUUAUCAGGGAAUUUAUUAGCAUUCGUGGCCACAAUAUGAAGGAGCUCAUUUUGGCUGAUUGUGUAAACUUGACAGAUUCUUCAUUGAAGAUUAUUGCUGAGAAAUGUCCUGGCUUACGCGCGGUUGACCUUUCAAACUUGCGCAAGCUGACAGAUUCUUCUUUAGGAUAUCUUGCCAAUUGUUGUCGAGCAAUUCAAAGACUAAUACUCUCCCGCGAUCUGUUCAGUGAUAAAAGUAUUGCUGCAUUUCUGGAAACCUCUGGAGAGUGUCUAGAAGAACUUUCAUUGAAUAGUGUCAGAAAGGUUGGUUGCCACACAGCCUUAUCAAUUGCUAGGCGUUUAAGAGUGUUGCGUAGUUUGAAUCUAUCAUUUUGCCGAGGUCUGACAGACAACGCACUGGGCUUUAUUGUGGACAGUUGCCUAUCGUUGAGGGUGCUUAAAAUCUUUGGCUGUACUCAGGUUACCAGUGUUUUUGUCAAUGGCCACUCCAAUCCGGAUGUAAAAAUCAUUGGCCUGCCAAUGUGUCCUGUGCUAGAAGAUUUUAAAGAGCCAAGCGUAUGAAGCUACACUAAAAUAUUCCUUAGCGUCGAUUUUGUCUCCAACUGGACGCUUCGGGGUAUGACGUCUGAGUCUCCAAAAGGCAAAACUAGGGUAACAAGUUUGGUGCCCUGUUGCAGAAUUUGACUAAUUCAGUUCAUCUGCACAAUUUCUAAGGCCUCUAUCUUACUCGGUCUAAUUACUUUUGUAAACAGAAUACACAGUUGUACCUGUCACAUUACUAACCUUUUACAAGCACU